AUGGGGGUCCAUGGCCUUUGGAAGUUAAUUGAAUCAUCAGGAAAGCCAAUACCACUAGAGACACUUGAAAAUAAAGUUUUAGCAGUAGAUGUUUCCAUUUGGUUGCAUCAGGCAAUUAAGGGAUUCCAGGAUCAUAAAGGAGCCCCUAUUCCAAAUGCUCAUUUGUUGGGGAUAUAUCACAGAGUUUGCAAAUUAUUGUAUUUUAAAAUUAAACCUAUAUUUGUUUUUGAUGGAGGAGUUCCAGCUCUUAAACGUCAAACUAUUGCUAAAAGAAAUCAGUAUAAAUCAAAAAAUGCUUCCGAAGCAGACAGACUUCAAAAACAACUUCUGAGCACACUUUUGAAACAUACUGCAAUAAGUAAAGUUUUAUCAGAAAAAACUAAAGCGUCAUUACCAGUCAUAAAAAAGUCUAGCGGAAAAUAUGACAAUCUUUAUGCUCCACCAACAGAAGAAUUUGAAUCCGUAUUGUCCUCAACAGAUGACGAAUUGGACGAGAGUUCUGAAACUACGACCACAGACUCAAGUCCUACAAAACAAUGGGAUCUACAUACUAUUGAUACCACCAGUCAUUAUUUUAAGUCUUUACCUUUAGAGGUAAAACAUGAUAUAUUAACAGAUUUAAAAGAAACUAGAAAACAAAACUCAUGGGGUAAGCUUCAUCAGCUUCCUAAACAAAGUGAUGACUUUUCAUCUUACCAAAUGAAACGGCUGCUAAAGAGAAAAGAAGUUCAAUCGGCAUUAGAUGAAGUGUCCAAAGAAAUGGGAGGAAUGUCUUUAUCUUUAGCCGAACUAGAAUCUCUCCUCAAAGAUCAGGGAAUUAAGACUACAAAUGAUUCUAAUAUAGGAAAAAGAAUUGCUUCUGAUGAUAAAACUAGAUAUUUAUAUAUUAAAGAUAUACAAGAAGAGAUUAAGAAAGCCGAAAAGGAAGAUACAAAAAAUAAAGAGAUGCCAGUCAUUAUGGAAGAAGAAACAGAAGAUGAAGAACUAAAGAAAGCCAUACAAUUAUCCCUUGAGGAGAUUCCUUCUACGUCUAAAAUUGAAGAACCAAAAAUACAUAAAAAAUCAAAAGCUGAUAUAGAAGAAGAAGAGGAGCUAAAGCUGGCUAUUCAGUUAUCUCUUGAAGGUGAUCAAUCAAUUCAAAACAAAAACGCCAAGCAUACAUUUUUAGACAAUUUCAAUGAUGAAGAUUUUGAAUCCGAUUCAGGUGAUGAUUUUUUGCCAACACCGAAAUCCAAAAAAGCGUUACAUAAAAAGAUGUCUUCAGCUCAAAAUUAUAUGAUGGAGUAUAGUGGUUUAACACCUGCAGAAAUAGAUAGAAUUCUGAUGACAAAUAAAAAAGCUCCUUCGAAACCAACUUUUAAGAAUAUCAAAUUAAAUGAGAUGAACAGUAAUUCAAUAAAAUCAUUACAGAACGAAAAAAGAAUUUUAGCUGUUUCGGAAACUGUAGUAGACGUACCAAAAACUAGAGUAGAAGAAUCUAAACUAAAUAUUAAGAAUGUAGAUGAUUUUAAAGAAAAAUCAAGUAAAACGCAUAAAGAAACUAUUGAGAAAUCUGAUACUAUAGAUGAAGUAGAAGUUAUGUCAGAUAGUGGAGAUUCAAAUGAUGGGCAGCAGACCAUUGACAUUGUAGAAAAUCCAGAAAAAUCAAUUCAAACUAAUAAAGAAAUUAUUGAGAAAUCUGAGGUCAUUAAAGAUGAAGUAGAAGUUAUGUCAGAUAGUGGAGAUUCAGAUGAUGGCAUUCUUCAUCAACCUAUUGAAAUUGUGAUAGAUCCAAAUAAAAUAAAGCAGGAUGGUCUUGAUGAUCUUUUUGAUGAUAUUUUUGAUAAACAAGCUGAUGAUCAAAUGGAUAAUUCUAUUUCUACUUGUAGCAAGGAUAAGAUACUCGAUGUAAAUGUGCCAGACCCGUCAUUGGAAAAUGUUGAAAAUCAUGUUAAGGAUACUUCUACCGAGACGCACAACACAAGCAGAUCUGAAAGUGAUUCGUACAUUCAGGAAAUUGUUAAUAAAUCAGAAGAAUCAUUAGAUGCAGAUGAUUCAAACGCAAGUAAGAUGCAAGAAAUAAUUGAAGAAGCUAAUGAUGAAAAUAUAACUACCAAUAUAACAGAUUUAAAAGUAGAUGCAAAUAAAGUAAUUACUGACGAUAAAGAACAUAUUCAGAAUCCACCUAAUGAUAAAAAAAUUCCCGAAUUAACAGUAGAAGAAAUGCAACAAUUAAAAGAUACAUAUCAACGUGAAAAAAUAGAUCUUCUAAAAGAAAAAUCCAACAAAGAAAGAUUGGCAAACAAUAUAACAGAUCAAAUGUAUCAGGAGGCUCAGGAGUUAUUAGAGCUAUUUGGGGUACCAUAUGUAGUAGCUCCGAUGGAAGCGGAAGCACAAUGUGCAUUUUUAGACGAAAUAGAACUUACAAAUGGUACAAUAACGGAUGAUAGUGAUAUUUGGUUAUUUGGUGGUAAAACAGUUUACAAAAAUUUUUUCAAUCAAAGUAAAUACGUUAUGGAGUUCAAAUCAGAAAGUAUAGAACACCAUUUCAAAUUAUCUAGGCUUCAGAUGAUUUUAUUGGCAUUUCUGGUGGGUAGCGAUUAUACGACUGGUAUACAAGGAGUGGGACCUGUCACUGCGUUGGAAAUAUUAGCCAGUUUCCCUCCAUCUGAACAACACGAAUUUACCUUAUCACACCACCAAUUACUCUCUGGACUUAAAGAGUUUAAGUCUUGGUAUCUAAAGGGUAAAACAGGAGGUCCAGGUCGAUCAGUUCUAAAAAAUAAGUUAAAGAAUAUAACAUUUGCAGACCACUUCCCUAAUCCUCAAGUUAUCGAAGCUUACUUGGACCCCAAAAUAGAAACAAGCAAAGACCCGUUUUCAUGGAGUAAACCUGAUAUUAUAGGUCUGACCAUUUUUGCAGAACAAAAAUUUGGUUGGACCAUGAAAAAAACCGAAGAAAUAUUAAAUCCUAUAAUUAAGAGAUUAGAAGAAAACCACAGUCAAAAAUCUAUUAAAGACUACUUCAAAACCAAGUUUAAAGUGGAUUCUUUAAAUAUAGAAGGAAAAGUAAGUAAAAGAGUUAAAUCUGCAAUAGAUCGAUUUGGUAAAACUCAAGAUGAAUUAAUAGCUGAAGAAAUGGUCGAAUUGGAAAAGGAAAAACGACUAGCCACAGGAAAGCGAUCAUUUAGUAAGAAUAGCAAAUCAAAAUCAAAGAAAAACAUCGAAAAAUCAUGUAAAAAUAACGAAGAUAUUAAGGAAACUGAUAUCGACCAAAUUGAGUAUCAAAGUAAAGAAGUAACAAAUCAAGAUACUGUGAAAGACCAACAAGAUAAAAAAAAUAGCAGUAGUCAUAUAAAAAGAACCGUAAAGAAAAGAAAAGAACCAAAUGAAACGUCACAUUCAUCAGAAGAAUUAAACAACGAAAAAGAGAAGUUGAGGAAAGAGACUGCUCAAACUAAAGAAGGAAAGAGAAAGCCGGUUCCAAGAAAGAAAAGAAAUAACGAUUCAGAACAGGCUGAAAUAGAACCCAAAACCAAAAAUAAAGUGUCUAAUAAGAAAUCACAGUCAGAGAGUAAUUCUAAAUCUUUGGAUCAAAUGGAAGCCAUUAAAGAUUAUGAAAAUCUAGCAUUAGAGCUGAAAAACAGAAGAAAGCGAAAAAACGAGCUAAUGAAAAUAAAAAUCGAUAACCCUGUACAAAAAAAAUCGAAAAUUGUUCCCCAACCUGUCUCCUCAGUCGAAUAUAUACCACAAGAACUAAAAGAAGAUGAAGAUAUUAAAAUUUUAACAGCGACCACUUCGAAUUCUGCUAGAAUUGUAAAAGAAAUUAAUACAGACGUUUUGAAGGUAUUAGAGGAAAAACCAAAGCCCAAAAAAGUUGUUCCUAUAAAAAGUUUACACACUAAAGAUGUAAUUCAUCAACGAUUAAGGGAUAAAUCAACUUCGUUAAGAAACAAAAUUAAAGCCAUUGAAGUGUACAGAAAAUCAAAACUAGGUCCCGGAUAUGUUGCCAAGCGUAAGAAAACAGUUUUAAUUCCUAAAGAAGAUGCCGAAUUAUCUGAAGAGAGUGAUUAAAAUAAUUUUUUAAAUUUACGUUUAUCGCAUGCCCUUUAUGAAAAUUGUUAUUUUUGUUAUAUUUUUUACUUUCUCUGUUGUUUUUAAUAAAUCAAUCAUAUUU